AUGUCCAUCUCUCAGCUCCCAGAGGCAGUGCACUGGCAGGCCCUUCUCCUGGGAUUUAGGAGACAGUCCUUAGAACAUCAAGAGAAAAAGGCCCUGGGAGAACUCUUGGGAAGCACUGGGGUCCUUGGCAUUCUUCCUACCUUCACACUGUCUCUUCAGCAGACUAGACCUGGUACUCAGGACUAUGGAGGAGACAGAAAUGGGUGGGAGUCUCUGGAAGCUCCUGCAGGUGCUGCUUCAGGGGACACGGCCCAGGCACCCAUGACGUUUCCCUCUUUAUUGAUGCAGAUAGGAGUCCUCGAAACCAUUCAAGAGUACCACAGACUCUCUGUGGGGAGUCAAGACAGGUGGUACCCACAGCCUUCUUUUGGGCUGCCCACACACCUGGACAGCUCUCCCUGCUUCAUCCACCUGGUGCUAACAACUCCGGAUAGCUCUGUGGGCUCAGUGGGUCUGGGCACCACUGUGGCAGUACCUGCUUCCAGUGCUAGGAGGCCACCAGGUCAGCUACCAGAUCAGUCAGCUUUGGGUGGGGCUCGUACUCAUGCCUGUGGGGCAACCUUGGUGUCUCCCACAAGGCUGCACCCAGAAAAAGCUGAUUGCAGGGAUAUCCAGAGACACUUCUCCCAAAGGCAGAGAAAUGAAUGGAGACAAGCAGGAAAAGAAACAAUAAGUGUUUUUAAAAAAUGUCUGCGCAAACCAGUCAGGUGUUCCGUGGUCAGGAUAGUCCACUUUCAGAAAGAAAAAGCACCAGAGCAAACAAUGACAGAAAUCCACAAAAGCUGUUUUACCAGAGGGAAGCCCGUGGACAUGGCCAAAAUCCAGACAAUGGACUACUGGUCACACAUGUUAACCAGACGCAAGACUUACUGUAAGUCUGAAGCGAGUGCCCUCGGUUCCCAAGCCGCAGAGCUCGGAGGGCCCUUCCUAAAUCGAGCUUUCUGCAGGGAGGAGAAGGGACAAGGUGUCAAGCAGCAAAUGCACUUCUCGGCUCAGAUCCUCUACCAGUUCGAAUCAAAGCUCAAUGAAGUGAUUCAACUCUAUCAACAAAGGAUUCAGUGGCUCAAGAAGCACAGUAGGAAGGCAUUUGGCCUGAUCAAGGGGAAGAGGGUUGGCAUCCUCAUCGACCAGUCGGUGGUCAGCAGCAGCCCUCAGAAGGAGGUGUUCCUUGGAGACCUGGAGAGCCUCCUGGAGGAGCAGCUGAGCAAGAAGGAGAAACUCUACGUCCUGUCCUUCGGCAGCUCUACCAGCGACCUCUGGCCAGGUCCUGUGGAUGUCAGCGCCUCCACCCUCCAGGAAGUCAAGCUAUGGCUGCGGAAACUUAAGCCUGACCGAGGGAGCAACCUCCUGCAGGCCCUGAGGAAGAUCUUUACUCUGAAGGAGCUGGAUUCCUUGGUGACCAUCAUGGGAAGCUGUCCAGACCAGUCUUCGGAAAUCCUGUCUGAUUACAUCCAGCAGUCAGUGCUGGGUGGGAGCAUCAUGAUCCACAUUGUCACCUACAAAUGUGACAAUCAGGUACCUCCAGCUGUCCUGAAGAACCUUGCAGAAGGCCUCGGGGCCUGUUACCAUUGCUACAACCGAGAGCAGGAGAUCAAUGCCAAUCAGGAUGUGGAGUCACUGCUGGAAGAGAUCCAGGCCGCCCAAAGCCUGAUGGACCAUAUCCAAUCCCUGCAUCACAGCAGCCCCAGUGAGGAGCUCACCAACAUGAUAAAGGAGAGGGCUGGGCAGAAUACGGCAGGCCCUCUGCUCAAUUCCACGACUAAGCCCCCAAAGCAUGAGGACCCCCUCACAAUUGCUUUUCCAAACUUAGAAAAGAAUUCUGCAGAAUGGUUAAAGACCUACGGCCUAAAAGCCAAGAAGUUAAGCCUGUACCAGGUGCUGGCACCCAAUGCAUUCUCUCCCGUGGAGGAAUUUGUGCCUAUUCUCAAGAAAACAGUGUCAUCAACUAUCCAUGAGAAGGCAAUGGUUCAGUUUGAGUGGCAUGAUGGGACAAUGAAGAAUGUUCAUGUGGAUGUUCCCUUCCUCUAUGAGUACCAGAAACAGCUCAACAGGAUUAUGCGAGUAUAUGAAAGGCGGAUUGAGUGGCUCUCCUUGGCCAGCAGAAGAAUCUGGGGCACUGUCUGUGAGAAAAGGGUGGUUAUACUGCUUGAUGUCUCCGAGACCAAUUCCAUGUACAUUAUUCAUAUCCAGCACGCCCUUCGGCUCUUGCUGGAGGAGCAACUGGCCAACAAGGACGCUCUCAACGUCAUCGCCUUUGGAAGCACAAUUGAGAGUUGGAUGCCGGAGAUGGUUGCUGUGAACCACAACAACUUACAAAGUGUCUGGAGGUGGGCCCUGGGCCUGCAGUGUCAGGGCAGCAGGAAUGUCCUUGGUGCUCUACGGAAGGCUGUGGAAGUGGACUUGAGGGACAAAGACAAAUAUGAAUCACAGGGCAUCUACCUCUUCACAGGGGGCAUCCCUGACCAGGACAUGACCAUGAUCAGCACCUACAUGGCCGAGACCUGUAGUGGCUGCAACCUCCAGCUCAAUGUGUGUCUCUUCUACACGGGCGAGCCACAGAUGGGCACCACUCCCCCAGCCUGCUACGCCAGUCGCCAGGACACAGCCACUGCCUACAGAGAGGUCAUCCAGGCUGUGGGGGGUCGCUUCCACUGGUUUGGAGACACUGGCAUUUAUGAAAGUGACGACAUCAAGGCCAUCACAUCUGAGAUGGAAAAGGCCCUCAACUACUCCCAAAAGUGUGCCUUACUUGUCGCCUCUCUGAAGAACCAGUCUGGAAAAGAAUCCGAGAGCUCAGGCCCACACAAGGAAAAGCCAAAGAUGCUCAGAUCCAGGAACCACCCCAGGAAAGCCUGCGCUCCCAAGCCCUCAGUGCCCUCGGGGGCCAGAAUGAAUACUCAAGACAGCCCUGAUAGAAAGAAGAGUGCCCCCUGGAAAACUCAGAUCUGGCACCCUCUCAGCAAAGCAACUCACUGGCCCUCAUGUUCUCCAGUGGCUGCCCAGUCAGGCAAAGAAAGGAGUGCAGAGCAGAGAAAAAGCCAAUUACGGAACGCAGAGACCUCGCUCUUGAUGUUUUACACGGAGCUGGGAAACAGCGUGGGCUCAGUGUAUAAGAAAUAUUCUCUAGGAAAGAACAGAAGAAGAGCGAGGACCAGUUCUUCCAUGGAUUUGCCCAAAAACGAUACAGCCUGCUCAAGUCGAGAGUGGCUGGCAAAUUAUGGGCUGAAGAAACUGAAGAUGGAGAUCUCCAGGCACAUUGGUCCCAAAUGCACUCAUCAAAAUACCAUUCAGAGUUCAGCAUCUACCAAACACUGCAGCAUCUUGCCCAGCAUAAAAAUCAACGGCACAGUGAAACACCUUCGGUGCACACCCAGGGAAAUGGACAUCUACAUCUCCUGCCUGGAAAAGUUGAUGAGGCGCUAUGUCCAGCGGCUGCAAUGGCUGCUAUCAGGGAGCCGCCAACUCUUUGGUGCCAUCUUGGAGAGCAAAGUGUGCAUCCUGCUGGACACGUCAGGCUCCAUGGGUCCCUACCUGCAGCAGGUGAAGGCCCAGCUCAUCCUGCUCAUCUGGGAGCAGCUGCGGAAGCACUGUGACAGUUUUAACCUGCUCAGCUUUGCAGAUGACCUCCAACUGUGGCGGGACACGCUGGUGAAGACCACGGAAGCAGCCUGUCAUGAGGCGAUGCAGUGGGUGACUCACUUGAGUGCUGAGGGAAGCACUUCUGUCCUGGAAGCAUUACUGGCAACUUUCAAUUUCCAAGACGUGGAGGGCUUAUACCUCCUGACAGAUGGGAAGCCAGACACCAGCUGCAGCCUCGUCCUCAGAACUGUCCAGAGACUCAAGGAGGAAAAGGAUGUCAAGGUUCACACCAUCUCCCUCAGCUGCUCCGCCAGGGAAGAGAUGAAGUUCCUACGAUGCUUGGCCUCCCUCACUGGGGGGCGCUACCACUGCCCUGCAAAUGAGAAGUCGCUCUCAAGAAUCCAUGGCCUGCUCACCAAGGGCUUCAUUGAGGAAGGGGAUCCCACAUUGCCACAAUUUGAAGGAGAUGACUUAAGGAUUUUGGCCCAGGAGAUCACCAAGGCCAGAGACUUCCUCCGACAGGCUCAGUGUCUAAGGUCUCAAUUCCAGAAGAAGAACUUGGAAGAACCAAAGGUCACUGUUACUUAGAAAAAUGUUCUCCAGUAAGAAGAAGGUAU